AUGAUUAGAAUAAAACUACCAACUCACAAACACCCUUUAUACCCUACUCCUUGGGUUCGCAUUUGCGACGGCUGCUAUCGAGAAGGUGGUUACAAAAAAGAUGGCUAUCGUUGCUACGAAUGUAGAAUCUAUUUUCAUAAAGAAUGUGCAGAGUCAUCUUUAGAGAUCAACCAUCCAUCUCAUCCUGAACAUCCUCUCCACCUUUACAUUAUCGCGAAGAAGUAUUCCGAAGUUCGAAACUGUAAGUUGUGUGGGGAAAAAUUGUAUCAUAUAUUUUAUCAUUGUCCUUUAUGUGAAUUUGUUGUUGAUACGGCAUGUAUAAAAAAUCAACCACCAUAUCUAAUUGAACAUCCCAAAGCCCACAAACACUCUCUUGUCCACCUGAAAAACGUUAAAACUGACAGAUGUGACUUUUGUGGAUAUAUAUUUUUUAGUAGGUAUCUUUACAAAUGUUUUCAAUGUCAACUGAAGUUCCACUUUGAAUGUUUAAACCUUCCUCUAGAGAUAACUCAUCCAUGUCAUCCUAAACACCCUCUUAAGUUCCUUACACGUGAAGAGCAUUAUUUCCUUGAUGGGAAAUGUUGUAUAUGUGGAGACGAAUUAUGGCGAAGAUUUUAUCAUUGUUCAAUCUGUAAAUUUAGUGUGGAUUUAGCUUGUGUAAGGAAUCCACCACCACUUACAAUCUUAUUUGCAAAGACUCAUGACCAUAAAAUCAGUCUUAUGCCAAGGAUCAUCUCUUUCAACUGUGAUGUUUGUGGGAUGAAUGGUGACCGAAGUCCUUAUUCAUGCCAACGAUGUGACUUCAUGAUCCAUCAGAGUUGUAUUGACUUACCAGAGAUCAUCAAUGUUAACCGUCACGAGCAUCGUGUUUCUAGGCGUCUACAUCUUUAUCCUGGGAAUUGGAUAUGUGGAGUUUGUUACAAAAAGGUAGAUUGGUCCUAUGGGGCAUAUUCUUGCUCAAUUUGUCCUAAUUAUGCCAUUCAUUCUACGUGUGCAAUAGAAGAUGAGGUUUGGGACAAGUUAGAACUCAAAGGGACACCAGAAGAAGUUCAAGAAAUCAAACCAUUUAAGGUGAUUGGUGAAAACUUAAUACACCAUUUUAGUCACGAGGAACAUUAUCUACAACUCAACGAGGAACAAAUCAAAGGCGAUGGAAACGUUCGUUGUGAAGCAUGUGUCUUACCCAUAAAUUAUCAAGCAUUCUACAGUUGUGUGCAAUGCGAUUUCAUUCUCCACAAAACAUGUGCUAAUCUUCCUAGGAAGAAACGACAUAUGUAUAAUGAUAAGCCAUUCAUUUUAAAGAGUGGUGGCAUGACACAAUUUAAUUGUUCGGCAUGCUAUAACUGGUUCAGUGGUUUCAGGUAUCGUACUGAAAGUUUCAAUAUAGAUGUAAAAUGUAGUGAACUUUCUGAACCUAUAUUCCACGAAAGUCAUGGAUGUCCCUUGUACUACAUUCACCGGAACCAGGAGGAUUGCAUUGCUUGCGGCAGGAGGUGUAAAUCAACAUUUAAAUGCAAUGACUGUAAAUUUGUACUAGGUACCAAAUGUGUUGUUUUGCCAAAAACAACGAAACAUUGGUAUGACGAACAUAUACUCUCUUUAUGCUAUGACAAUCAUACAAAAGGAGAACUUUGCUGUGAUGUAUGCGAGGAAAGUAUAGAAAAAUAUUGGUUCUACAAAUGUGACAUAUGUUGUGUAGCUUUUCAUACCAAGUGUGUUCUCGGCGAUUUAUCACUUCUCAUGCCUGGACGAAGCAUAAUCACUUACUAUGAUGAAUUGAGGAUUGAAGUGAUGCAAACAAGUCCUAGUUUCUUACCACGGUGCUAUUAUUGUCGCUCUCGACGAGCAGUUCCCUUUGUUCUAAGAGCUUUUUAUCCUAAACAAACUGUAUUAGUUUGUUCUUCACAGUGUUUUCUCUACAACCAUUUGGGUACUGAUCAUUACAUAUUUAAAGAAGGACUAGUACUCUUUGGGUAA